AUGAGCUCAAACAGAAAUUCUUUUGAUAGGCCAUUAAACUAUAGAAUGUCGAUUGGCGAAUCAAGAGAGCUGAUUAUAUCUCCCACACAUGAAGGCUACAGCAAAUUUUCGUCAAAAACUAGUGUUACCCAUCUUCCCUCUCUACCAUAUUCACAAGCAACUACAUCACCACUGUCACUUCAGGAUAAUACAGAAGAAGUCCAUGGUGUAAACGACGAUGCAUAUAUCGAGUUUGACCUAAGUUCACCAAACCCAAGAAACAGCACAAGCGAUUCCUUUAAUAGAAUUACACCAAGAGUUCAUACCAGCUCCAGCAUUAGCACACCCAUCCAAGAACAUGGAUCAGAGGAUUUAGUUGAUGAAAAACCACAAACUGAUGAGUGUAUAUUAGAAAAGCCAAAGGAUGAAGAUGAAGACUUUUUCAAAUCUGGUUCGAAUUGGAAAUCCAUGAAGACAAUAUCUGACAUGGAUUACUAUAACGAAAAAGGGGAACUAGAAUUCAAUUCUAAGUCAGGCAAAGAUUUUAUUUACGAUAAAAAUAAUCAGUUUGGAUACACUAAGAUUGACACAGAAGAGCAAGUGAACAAGUAUGCCGCUUUGGAUCAAAAGACCGACUUUUUAUUUCGUCCCAGAGGAGAAACCCAAAGGAAUAAUGCAAAGUAUCACAAGGACGAUAUUUUUCUAGAGCAGGACGAUUCAGAUUAUGAUGAAGAUGAUGAAAUUGAUUCUGGCGAAACUUUAACAGAAACUAAGAAAAUGUUAACUGAUUCUCAAAAAUUCGCAUAUAUUGGAAUAGCUAAGCUUAUAACGGUAGAAAUGGCGACUGACUUGGCCAAAGUGCAGUUUGGAACGUCCUCGAAAAUUGCUAAGCAAAUGAGUGGAAGUCAAAAGAAUUUUUCAAACUGGAUUGAAUAUGUAAUGUCGAAGCUAUACGAUCACCUCACUGUUGAAGGUGCUGAAAAAGAGAUGAUAGAAAAUUUGAGUAAACACGGUGUUGAGGUGAAUGAUUUAGCUAAAAGUCUAAUGGAAGUUGGAACAAAGGCGGUUAUUAGUGGUGGAAAUAAAUCAUUUAUUAGUGAAGAUUUUGAUUUGCGUUGGGUUAUUAUAUGUGAUAUGUUUUUAAUGCUUUUAAGUGAUGGCUAUUAUGAUGCAAGAUCUCGAUCAUUGCUACUACGAUUUGGAGCAUCUGUUGAUAUAACAAAUUUGGAGUUGUUCCAAUUUGAAAGGAGACUCAUUGAAUGCCUCGAUAUGGAAACCAAAGAAAAAUCUAUUGAAAACAAAGACGAGAAGCUAGGUGAUAAGCUGUUUGUUCAACAACAGAUUAAAAAGAACAAAAAUAAGCGGAUAGCAUAUAUCGGUUUGGCAACAUUGGCAGGAUCUCUUGCAAUUGGGUUGUCAGCAGGGUUGCUUGCUCCGGUGAUUGGUGCUGGUAUAGCUGCUGGGUUUACUACAAUUGGUAUUUCUGGUACAGGGGGGGUUUUAGCAGGAGUUGGUGGUAGUGCUUUAAUCACGACCAGUGGUGUGGCAAUUGGUGCCAAAGUAGGGUCGAAAGCAGGAUCCAGAAGAGUAGGUGAUGUUCAUACAUUUGAAUUUAAACCAUUGCACAAUAACAAAAGAACAAACUUGAUUGUAACGGUAAGUGGAUGGAUGAAUGGUGCAAUGGAUGAUGUUCGUCUUCCCUUUUCAACUGUUGAUCCUGUGAUGGGAGAUAUGUUUUCAUUGCUUUGGGAACCAGAAAUGUUACAAUCGAUGGGUCAAACCAUAGGAAUCUUAGCAAGUGAAGCGUUGAGUACAUCGAUACAGCAGAUCUUAGGUGCUACAAUAUUGGCAGCAUUAAUGUCAGCAAUACAGAUCCCCAUGGCGUUAUCCAAGUUAUCCUACUUGUUGGAUAACCCUUGGAAUGUUUCCUUAGAUCGUGCUUGGAAGGCAGGCAAAAUUUUGGCUGAAACCAUAAUUUCAGGAAAUUUAGGUGUUAGGCCAAUAACAUUAGUUGGAUUUUCUUUGGGGUCCAGAUUGAUAUAUUCUUGUCUUAUUGAAAUGGCAAGACGCGGUGGAUAUGGUUUAAUAGAAAAUGUUAUUAUAUUAGGGUCCCCAAUCACUGUUGACAUUGAUCAAAUGUCAGAGGCAAGAUCGGUGGUUAGUGGGAGAUUCGUCAACGGGUAUUCAAAGAAAGACUGGAUAUUGGGGUAUCUUUUCAGAGCCACCGGUGGUGGUAUCCGUGCAGUCGCUGGUUUAUCUCCGCUAGAUAAUGUUCAUGGUGUGGAAAAUAUAGAUUGUACAGACCUAGUGGAGGGGCAUAUGGCUUACAGAAAGGCAAUUCCAAAAAUAAUGAAGACUAUCGGAUGGGAAGUAUUGAGUGAAGAGUUUGCCGAAAUUGAAGAGCCUGAUCCAGAGCAAGGUGAACGUCAACGACAAUUAAUAAACGAAUUUGAUGAAGCCCGUGCAAAAAUGGAGAAAGAAAAGAAUGAGAAUGUCGAACCCAAAGGUUGGCGAAAAUGGUUUAAACCAAAGAAAAAAGACUGGUGGGAUAUAUACGGUCAACCUGAAGGUGCAGAAAAAAAUGAUAAAGGUGAAUAUGUGGACGAAAAGCUUGAGGGAAAUGCCGUGUUUGAUGUCGAUGCGUUGGUGAAGGAAGUAAACGAGAUUGAACAUAUGGUGGACGAAAAUGCUAAAAAGGCCACCGAUCCAGAGGUUAAAAACAACAAGAAUGAGGAGAAGUAG